CAACCAUCAACAACAAAUUGAGUCUUGCCACGGCGGCUGUGUUACUGUACGGGGCGGCUGAAUACGGAAGCAAUGACGAAGAACAAUUUCAUAUCACCAAAGCUGAGAACGACCAAGAAUUUGGAUUGGUCGCAGCCAUUGAAGACGUAUCUCAAAGCGCUGUACGGGACCUCCUUAGACUUAUCAUCGCAGGUGUCGACCUUCUCGAAGCUCAGAGAAUGUGUCAAGGAUCACUCAGACACCAACCUCUCCCUGUUGAAGGAUAUGUAUUAUAAAUACUAUGGGCAAUUGGAGCUAUUGGACUUGAGGUUGCCAAUUGGCGAUGGUGUUCGUGUUAAAUUCACCUGGUACGAUUCGUAUGACGCCUCAGAAUCGCAUUCUCAGCAUUCGUUGGCUUUUGAGAAGGCGUCAGUGUUGUAUAACCUAGGCUGUGUAUUAUCGCAGUUGGGUGCUGAAAAGACAGAAGAGGAAGAGUUCAAAUACGGUUACCAGUACUUCCAGUACGCUGCUGGUGUAUUCAAGUUUAUCAGUGAGAAUUUCCUCCAUGCCCCAUCUGAGGACCUGAGCGGUAAGACAAUGGCAUUCUUGGUUCCGUUGGAAUUGGCACAGGCUCAGGAAUCAUUCUUGUUGAAAGUAUUGGAUGAAAAUGGUAAAGUUAGCUUGCUCUCAAAGAUGGCCCAAAGUUGUUCGGUGUUCUACUCCACGGCGUUGGAAAAGCUUGAACCUUUAGAAGAGUUUGGUGAAUCUUCUUGGUCCAACAUCUUGCAGUACAAGGCAAAGUUUUAUGAAGGGUUAGCUUUUUAUGAACAUGCGUUGAGCAUUGAGGAGACAAAGGUUGGUGAAGCAAUUGUGUCUACAAAGUUGGCAUUGGAAUCAUGGGCAGAUUGUAAAAGCUUAGAUCCAAUUGGCAUCGACUUGAAGGGAUACAUCACUUUGGCGGAGCAGAAGAGUACCACGCUAAACAAGGAAAAUGACUUGAUCUAUCAUGAUCUGCUCCCUCAAAAGGAAACUAUUGAGGUCAAGCCCUUGGAUGCUGCGAAGGCCAUUAGCCUGAAUGAUCAGAAGAUUGAACAAAUUAUUGGUGAAGAUAUAUUUGAAAAGAUCAUCCCUAUGAAUGUCCAUGAAAAGCUCAGUUAUUACUCUGAAGAAAAGGCCAAGCUGCUCCGCUCUCAAAUUGAGAAUAACCAAACUUGUGAUAUUGAACUAACUUCAUUCUUGGAAUAUUUGAGACUACCAGGUUCUUUACAGGAGUUCAAGAAUAGCGUUAACAAGAAAUUGGAUGACCGUCUAGUUACUUGGUCUCAAAAGGUGGCAUCUUCCAAAUUCAGUGACCCAGAGCAAAAUAUGAACACUAUAAAUUUCAAAAGGGAUACCAUAACAAGUUUGAUCAAACAGUUGGAAACACGCCUAGAUGGCGAACUGGAUUCCAGUGCCUCUGGUUUAAGGGACGAAUUGAUGAACGCUAAACAAUCUCUUCUAGCGGCGUCCAACUUGGAUGAUCAGAUUUUUGCAACUAUUAAACAAGAUAUUCCAAAUCUCAAGAUAUUGAGGAACUCUUCCACUUUGCAAUCCUCCUUUUUCAACGAGAAAAACGAUGUUAGCUUGCUGGACUUUGAUGACUCCUCCUCCUCUGAAUCUGUUAAGCAGAGCAUUGCUAAAAUUGAAUCAAACUUGAGAGUGUUGAAUGCAAUGAAAACUGAAAGAUCUAAAGUUAUCGAAGAUUUGAAGAACUCGAUUCAAGAAGAUGAUAUUUCCAACAUCUUAGUUUUGAACAACAAGAAGCUUAAUGAUAAAGAGGAGAAGGAACUCUUUGCUCAAGAGCUGACAAAAUUCGAGCCUUUAACUAACCGUCUUGAAUCAAUCAUAUUCAAACAACCUCAACUCAUCAAAGAGAUUAAGACAAACUAUGAUUCCAUCAUCUCAUCCAACAGUGAAAUUUCAGAGAGGGCUAAAAGGAUUACAUCUUUCGAGAAAUCAUACUCUUCAUUCCAAGACUAUGAAGUCAACUUUCAAAAAUCUAUUGAUUUUUAUGACAAUCUGUUGAAGUUUGUGAGAGAUGUUGAGGCAAAUGUUAACAAGUUUCUUGCCGAUAAAGCCUCUCAGAGACAGCGAAAUCUGUCACAAUCAUCCCAACCACCAGAUAUGCUGAGGGAUCGUUUUAGCAAACUGAGUGUAUCUUCACAAAGUCCGAGGGGUUCAUUUGCUACGCCACCGACACCAACAACCUCUCAGAGCUAUGCUGUUGCACCUUCUCAGGUUUCCUAUCAAACACCUCCAUCUCAAACUUCUUACCAAACACCACCAACCCAGGCUUCUUAUCAACCACCACAACCUCAAGUGUCCUAUCAGCAACCAAUCCCCCCUUCCCAGCAGCAAAGGCCAUCUUAUUCCCUACAAACAUCUGUCCCAUCAACACCGGAGUAUCCAUCAGCUCAGCCAUCGUAUCCAUCAUAUAACAAUGCUCCACCUGCUCAACCUUCCUAUCCAUCUUAUGAUAAACCACAAUAUGCACAACCGCAGCAGCAGGCAUCAGCACAAUCGUUUCAACAGUCCUAUCAACAACCAUAUCAACAACCAUUUUCAAACGAUAGACCUGCUCUACCACCGAAGGCCCCAACCGCUUCUCAAGGCCCGCGUGUAUCGGUUCCUCAGCCACCUAUUUUACAAGAUAAUAGGUUCCCUUUCUACAAUGAACCAAGCACUUUCAAUUCGGGAAUGUACGAUCAGUUUGCAAAUCCCACGGGCACUGGGUCAAGACCAAGUUAUUCACAGCCAUACGACCCAAACAAGCCAUACAAUCCAUAGGUCAAUGUGAUAUACUUCAACGUUUUUGUUGCACAUGGUUGUAUCGCACUGUAGAUAUUUCUACAAUUUCAAACUAUGAUCCUGUCGGAUUCAAAAUAUAUAUGAUUAUCUAAACCUUUAAGGACAUCAGGAUUGCAUCUGGUUGAUCUAAUUUCUGCUGACUAUAGUACCCAGGGAUCACCUCCUUCUCCUCAAACCCCAAUCUCUCAUACCACUGUUUAACCUCUGGUUGUUUAACCCAGACGUGAAGCGUAAGCUCGUGGACAUAGCUUGUCUUUGCCUGUUCAAUGGCAUACUCAACCAGCUUCUUACCGAUUCCCUUGUGUCUAUAAGGUUCAAGCACUGCAAGAGAUUCGAUGUAAACACUCGUGGGCACCUUGUGGUGCUGUGGUACAAUCAACUUGGCUUUGAUUGCG